AUGUAUUGUAAUUUCAAGCUGCGCACUCACGCGAGAAAGCUUUCAUUCGAAGAGGAGUUUGAAGUAGACCCUGAGCUCACUGGCAUUGCUGAUCUUGAGAUUUUUGCUUGUGGGGGCACAGAAUCCCUGGAAGAAAAGCGCUUCAUGGACGAGCGUCGUAAGCGACAAAUUGAACGCAGCAAGAAAAUGCCGCUUCCUGGAAAAUGGGACGAAAAUCCAGACAAAUUGUUGCUAGAAAUGGCUGGCGCUUAUUCUACAGAUAACCGUCGCGAAGUAUUUGAUCGAAAUGAUGGCUAG